ACCCUAGACCUCUCUUUCUCUCAAAUUUUCACCCAAAUUUCUGAGAAAAUGAAGGUUGUCGGAGCAAAUGUUCAUUUCCAGAAGUUAGAGGCCAAGUGCUCUUCAUCGACAUUCUUCCAAAGCUAUAUGGAGAUGAUAGGCGCUCAAGAACUCUCCGAAUUUCUUCAAAUGGAGAUUCGCCUCAAAUUCGAGGAAGAAGCUCUUGAAUUCUACAGGAAUGGAGAAGUCAAGACUGCUCAUUCAAAGAAGGACCCACAGAGGACGUUUCCAGUUAUCAAGUCCACUGUAAGGGGUACAAAGGUGAAGCUUUCGCAAAAGAAAUUGGGAGAAAAGCUUCGCCUUCCCAAUUCUGGAGUUGAAGUUGGAAAACUUCCAGUCAAAAAUCUGGACUGGAACAUCAUUGGAAUCUUUGGGCAAAUUCCGUCUGGCCCAGCGAAGAAAGCAGAUCUAAACAACGAUUACAAGUUGAUUUUGGAAUUGGUCAUCGCUUGCCUCGAAUGUGGAAGUGGAGGUCACGCCGAUGACAUCACCCAGGAGAGAGCCUUCAUCAUCAACGCUCUCAUUACCAAAACUAAGGUAAACUGGGCUGCACAAUUUUUCAAUUCCAUCUCAAAGCAUUUGGGAAAGCCCAACCAGAAAUAUCUCUGUCAAGGACUAUACCUUGGACAUAUUUUGGAGUCUAUGGGUAUUGCUUCUAAAGGAAAGAAGUAUGGAGAAAGAUACUGGUUAUACUAUCUGUCUUCAAAAGGAGAAAACAGAGCCAGUGCUAGUGCCACUACAGAAGAAAGCUCAUUAGAUAAUGUCCUGCUCAUCCAUAUGGCAAAGACUGCCAAAAGAAAGCAAGUGGUGUCUCCCUCCAUUAGUAUUGAAGCACCACAAAACCUUGCCUUGGCAUGUUUGGAAGAAGAAGAAGAAGUCUCUGACCAUGGAGAACUUCAAAGGAAGAAAAAGAGAAAGAUCAACUCUCCAUCAACAUCUAGAAAUGUCAAUCCGGAUGAGUUGAAGGAGAAGGAAACUGCUGAGGAAACCUCUAUUCAAAACCGGAGUCCUCAACAGUUUGAAGAAGAAACUCCUCAAGUCCCAAGCCUUCCAACCCCCUCAUCUCAGCCUCAUACAGAUGAUGCUGACAACAAAUUCUGGCAGCUCUACUAUAAUUGGAGAGCUUGGAAAGUUGGAAAUUCAGAAGAGCAACUAUACAUAUCAAAUUUUGCACUUGAUGAAGCUGAAGGAGAAUCUGAGAGGACACUAAAGGUCACUGAUGAAGAAGAUGUACAAGAAGAUGCUGAAUCUCUUCCUUUGCAACUCUUCCAAAGGACAUCAUCUCCUCAUCAGGUAACCAAUUUUCAUUUCCAUAGCUCUUCAACCCCUACCCUUCCGGAUGAGAUACCGGAAAUCUGGACAAAGAAGGUCCAAGGGCUGAUUGAAUCAGCCCUAGCAUCUCAACAUGCCUCCUUUAGGCAAGAGAUAGAGCUAAUGGAAGCCAAACACACUCAGCUGAUAGAGAAAUCUGAAGAGAAACACAGCGCUGAUCUCAAGGAGAUAAGUAAAUCAGUAGAAAAGACUCUAGAGAUCAUCUCUCUAUUGAGUAAAACUGUGAGCAAUACGAUGGAAAUAUACACCUCUGACAGUCAACUGCAAUUCAAUGAAUUCAACAAAGUCAAGGAGCAAAUAGCAAAUGUCACAGUUGGUCUACAAAAACAGAUGUCCCUUCUCCAAAUGGACAUCAGAUCAGCCCUAGCAAUAGCUUCAGCAAAUCAGGUAGUAACCAAAGACUACUUGAAGGUGAUCAAUGACAAUCAAAAGGAAGCAUACAAGCUGUUCAGACUUAUUGGUGCACAUACUGGGAACCGCAAGAUGGAAGUGAUUCUCCAACAACACAAUCCAUCUCCAAUACCACAGCUCCCAAUUGCAGUCAACGAAGGAGAAGCAUCUUAUAUCCCUUCUCAUCUAAACAUGACAAAUUUAAUCCUUGAAGCACAGCAAAGAAAUCCGGAAAACUCAGCACAGCACCUAUCUAGCUCAGGACUGGAUGGAACAGAAUUUAUAGGUGCAGUUACUGACCACUUCUCAGAUGCUACUCAAUCAGAAGAAAGGCGUGAGAACUUAAAGCGCAUCAAAGAACUGUGUGGGAACAUGCAGGGCAUCAGUGAGGUUGCCGGAUCUUCAAAACGCAAAAGGACUGAAG